ACUUCGUUUCUUUAAUAAGCAAAGCAAGAACCUACUCACUAGUCAUACUACUGCCGCCACCACACAUAUAAUUCGCUUGGGGUUUUUCAAAAACUGAGAGAAUUAUGUUCAUUUAGUCGGAGACUGACUUCCCCUCGUUGUGUGUGCGUGUAAAAUUUGUUUUAAUAACACAAAAUUAAAUUCAUUUAUUUGAUUCCACAUACGGUGGAAGAAUACCCAAGUCAAUUGCGGUUACAUCUGAAGAGGAUCCAGCUUCUAAAAAAAGAUUUUCUGCUCUUUAGUGUUUACAAAAAAAAAAAGCCAAUCCAUUAUAGUUGUCUCUCGAUGGUAAACAAUUGAAAAACAGUGAAACAGUGUGAUUAUACCAGAAUACAAGCAGAUUCAGAUUAUUCUUAUUCCCCAUGAACAACAACGACCAACGAAUUCUUGUGAAAACGCAGGCGUGAAAAUUGAAAUAAAAAAAAAUUAAAUAAAAAUCAAAAAAAGAAGAAGAAGAUUACACUCCAAGUCCAGCAAAGAGGAGGGUGCGCUUUUUCAAAUUCAAUUUUUUUUGUUGAAAAUAAUUUAUUGAUUUUAUAUUUGGUCCCAAAAAGAAGUGGCAAAUUUUUUAUUUAUCAAGUGGAAUUUGUGUUUUUUUCAACAAUUUUUUGCUGAAUAUCGUAAACUCAUUGAAGAAAAAGCUGAAUUGGAUAUUGAAACGAACGAAACACACAUACGAACGCUAAGGUCCUAAUCUGUUCCUACAAGAAAGUGCCUUACAGAUAUAUAAACAAUGUCGACGCUAUCUUUACGCAUAAGUCUAGAAGGUGGCCGCGUAACAAAGACCAUACAAUUCCAGCCAAAUACGACAGUAUUUGAUGCAUGCAAAGUAAUUCGUGAUAAAUUUGCCGAUGCUGUACAAGGACAGCCAAGUGAAUAUGGAUUAUUUUUGUCUGACGAACAAAACCAACAGGGUGUGUGGUUGGAAGCUGGACGCACCCUUGGCUAUUACAUCUUACAUAAUCUGGACGUGUUGGAGUAUCGCCGUAAGCUGCGAACCCUUCGUGUUCGAAUGUUGGAUGGUGCCGUGAAGACAAUUUUAGUUGAUGACUCUCAGCCAGUGUCACAGUUGAUGGUGGUUAUUUGUACGAAAAUCGGUAUAACCAACCAUGAGGAAUAUGGCCUGGUGCGAGAGGAGUCGGAAUCACAAAAUGAAAAUCUACCAGAUAAUAAAUUUGGAACGUUGACUUUGAAGAGAAAAUUUGCCGAAAAAGAUCGUGAUGCUAAAAUGGAGAGUUUAAGAAAGAAACUGAAAACCGAUGAUGAAAUCAAUUGGGUUGAUGUUGGAAAAACUCUUCGUGAACAAGGCAUUGAUGAAUCCGAAACAGUCUUACUUCGGCGAAAGUUUUUCUUCUCAGAUCAGAAUAUUGAUUCAAGAGAUCCAGUGCAAUUGAAUUUGUUGUAUGUCCAGGCACGAGAUGCCAUAUUGGACGGUACUCAUCCAGUUACACAAGAUAAAGCUUGUGAAUUUGCUGGAAUUCAAGUUCAUAUACAAUUUGGAGAUCACAAAGAAUCUAAACAUAAACCAGGAUUUUUAGAUUUAAAAGACUUUUUGCCACAAUCAUAUGUCCGGGUUAAAGGUAUUGAAAAAAAAGUUUUUGCCGAACAUCGCAAACACAGAGAUCUCUCAGAAAUCGAUGCGAAAGUUUUAUACACAAAAACAGCACGUGAACUACCUACAUAUGGUGUAACAUUUUUCCUUGUCAAAGAAAAAAUGAAUGGCAAAAAUAAGCUUGUACCACGUUUGUUGGGUGUCACCAAAGAUUCUGUUUUGCGUUUGGAUGAAAGAACAAAAGAGAUUUUAGUUACUUGGCCAUUAACAACGGUGAGGAGAUGGGGUGCUUCGCCAAAUACAUUUACCCUAGAUUUCGGUGACUAUGCUGAUCAGUAUUAUUCGGUUCAGACAACCGAAGCUGAACCUAUUGUCCAAUUAAUUGCCGGUUAUAUUGAUAUUAUUUUGAAGAAAAAACAAACAAAAGAUCAUUUUGGUAUUGAAGGGGAAGAGGGUGAUGCUUUGGUUGAAGAAUCGGUGGCUCCAUUACAAACGCAAUUCUUUGAAUAUGGAACCAAUGAAGUGGGAAAAGCUGAUACAAAAUCAAUAGCUCAACCAGUUGUUUUGCGACCAUAUGACGGCGAAAGACCAUAUACACAAGGUGAAUCGCAACCUAUGCAAUAUGGUGCAUUUGUUGGGCAAGUUAAUCUUGCUCACCAGCCGCCCACGUCAAAAGAAGUUCGCAUCAGUUCAGUGAAUUUAACCGAACCUCAAAGAGCUCUUUUGAGCUAUAUCAGUGCCGGUCAAGAUAUUUUACUUCGAGCUGAUGAGGAGCUCAGAACAAAGGCUUCAAUUCAAGAUCUUGGAACAGACAAACGUUCAAUUGAAUGGCGUGAAAAUACCUUGGAAACAUCCAAACAAGCUGUGACGAGUCAUGUUGCUUCGAUGAGUGCCGCCACUGCUCAAAUCAUUACUGCAACACAACCAGAUGAAAUCGAUACUGAAACAAUAUCUGCUUCCGUGUCGCAAAUCGCACAAACCAUCCCCGAAGUAACAAAAGAGGUUCGUUUGAUUGCUGCCCUAAUGGAAGAUGAUAGUGGCGGUGAUCGUUUGUUGGAAGCUACACGCAAUUUGUGUAGUGCUUUUAGUGAUUUAUUGAAAGCAGCUGAACCUGAAAAUAAGGAACCACCACAGAGUUUGAUAAAUGCAGCAAGUCGCAUUGGCGAAGCUACAACACAUGUUUUGAGUACGAUUGAAGAAGAACCACCGGAAGAUACAGAUUUGCAAGAUAUGCUUUUGGCUUUGGCCAAGGCAGUUGCCAAUACAACGGCAUCACUUGUGAUGCGUGCCAAGUCUAUUGCGUCGAAUUGCGAUGAUGAUGAGACUAGAAAUAAGGUUAUUGGGGCGGCAAGUCAAUGUGCUUUGGCCACAAGUCAAUUGGUGGCUUGUACUAAGGUUAUUGCUCCAACUUUGCAUAAUGCCGAGUGUCGUGAUCAGAUUGAGAUGGCCGCGAGAAAUGUUGCCAGAGCUGUGAAUAAUUUGUGCGAAGUGUGCACUGAAGCCACAGACGAUCAGAAGUUGAAGGGUGAUCUUUUGAAUGCCGCCAGAGAUGUGUCGCGCAGUUUGGCUGAUUUGCUUGAUCAUGUCAAAUUGAGUGCUCGUGAGCAUGCCAAUCGCCUGUCGCAGGAGAUGUCUCCAGUUGAGAGUGUAAUCAUUGGAACAGAUAUUUUGGUUUCUUCCACUGAUCCACAGGAAAUGGUUCGUCAUGCAAAGGUUUUGGGACAGGCAACAGCUCAAUUAAUUCAGAGUAUCAAAGGGGAAGCCGAACAGCAACAAGACUCUGAGUUGCAGAGACGAUUAUUGUCAGCUGCCAAGCAAUUGGCUGAUGCUACUGCAAAACUCGUUGAAGCUGCUCGUUUAUGUGCUGGAAAUCCUCACGAUUCUGAUAACCAAGAGAACUUGCGACGAGCUGCUGAGGAACUGCGGGAGAUAACAACAACCAAAGCCAAUACCCCAGCUAUGAAGCGAGGUCUGAUCAAUCGUUUGGACUAUUGCUCGAAACAAGCAGCUACAGCGGCAACUCAGUGUAUUUCCGCAGCUCAGAAUGCUGUCCAACAUAGUGAUGAUCAACAGACAAAACAGUCACUUUUGCAGGAUUGUAAGCGAGCAGCUGAUACUAUUCCCAGAUUGGUUACCUCUUUGAAGACAACAAGAAGCAAUCCCGAUGAUGCCAAUGCUCAGUUGAAUCUUAUUGAAGCUGCAGAACAAUUUAUCGAACCAGGCAUUCAAUUAUCCAGUUCGGCUAGAGCCCUUCAACCGACAGUCAAUGAUAUCCCCUCAGCACAGCAUCUUUCUAAGAGUGCCUUGCAUUUGGGUCAAUCGGUUCAUGAACUUAACUCAGCUGCCCAGAGAGCUAGGGAAGCAUGCGGUGGUCAAGAGCUUGAGUCUGCAUUGGAAGCUGUAAAGAACUUGAGGAAUGUUCUGGAUGAUACAAGGACUGCGGCUCAAAAUGGUUCACUCUGCCGUCUUCCUGGCGAAACAGUAGAAAAUACAGCUCAACAGCUAAGCAAGUCAGCGAAGAACGUUGGAAUUGCUUUAAGUCAGCUUUUGUCGACAGUUUCUCAUGGUCAGCGGAUGUAUGCUGGUGUUGCGGGACGUGAUACAGCAUUGGCUCUUGGUGACUUUACUAAAAGUGUUCAUGGAGUUGCAGCCACUACCAAUAAUCCAUCGGUAAUUGAAUCAGCUGAUGAAGUUGUCAUAAACUCUGUACGACUAAUCGAAGAGGCGCAAAAGACAUUGCAAAAUAUUGGGGAACCUGGCGCUUUAACCAAAGCCGGACGGGAUGUUACAGCCGCAUUGUCAAAGACUCUCGAUUGCAUUCCAGGACAGCGGGAAGUCGAUAACGCUUUGAAGAAUGUCAGCGAAUUGAGUGAAAUUCUUUCGAUGAACGAAUAUCCUCCAUCGACUAGGAGCUACAAUACACUCCAAACUGAGCUCAAACAUGUGGCUGAGAGUUUGAGUUCGUCUGGUGGGCAGAUUGUUCAUUCAUAUGCUAGUCCUGCCCAACUGGCAGAAACAAGUCAAGUUUUUGCAAAUAACUACAAGGACCUUCUAUCAGUGUCAAUGGAAAUGGCUGGACAAACCAAGGAUGACGCCGUUCGUGGUCAAAUAAUCGAUUGCUUACGUAACGUAUCAACUCAGUCGUGUUCCUUGUUGUUGUCCGCCAAGGAAAUCGCAGCCGAUCCGGAUCAGCCCAACUCUAAGAACUUGCUUAACGCUGCUGCUAGGAGUGUAACAGAGAGCAUCAAUCAACUAGUAGAUGCUAGCAUAUCUUCUGCUCCAGGUCAAAAGGAAUGUGACAAUGCCAUGAGAAAUAUCGAGUCACUGAGAGUUCUUUUAGAAUAUCCUCAUGAAGCCAUUACUGAUCAGGGAUACUUUGAAUGUGUAGAAACUGCUACUGGAAAAUCAAGAAACCUUGGUUAUGCUAUCUCUGAAAUGAUUAAUAACGCUAAACAAUCUCAGCACGUUGAAUUUGGUCAAUCAGUUAACAAUGUGUCGGAGUCUAUUCAUGGUUUAAUUGAGUCAUCAGCACAAGCUGCCUAUCUGAUUGGUGUCUCCCAUCCAAGUAGUGUAGCUGGUCGUCCCGGAAUUAUCGACCAAUCUCAACUGAACUUUGCUUACCAAGGAAUUGUUCAGUUUUGUGAUAUCGUCAGUAGUCCCAAGUCUACAAAACAGCAAAAGAUUUCAGCUUUAACUGGAGUUGCCAAACACACAAGCUAUUUGUGUUCGAUUUGCAGACAAGCAAGCAUGAAUACCAACAAUCCUGUUGCUAAGAAUGAGUUUAUUGUUGGAGCCAAGCAUGUAGCUGGAGCAACAUCAAAUUUGGUCGAAGAAGUUAAGGGAAUCGAAGAUGAUCACCAAGUGCCAUCAAGACAAAGGUUUGUCGAGCCACUUUUGGAUGCAGUCAAGGCUGUUCGUCAAUAUGCUUCAAGUCCCGAAUUUGUUCCAGUUCCAGCAAAGAUUUCUGCUGAAGGACGUAAGGCUCAGGAACCAGUAUUGAAUGCUGGACGAGGAGUAAUCGAUGGAGUCAUCGAAAUGGUUAAAGCAGCCAAGUCAUUGGCACUCUCUCCAGAUGAUCCACCAGUAUGGCAACAGCUUUCGAUGCACAGUACUCCAGUGUCGAAUAGUGUCAAGCAUUUGGUAGACAGUAUUCGUGAAAAGGCUCCAGGUCAGGCACAAUGUGAUCAAGUUCUUCAUACUCUUGGAACAUGUACUCGCGAACUGGACAGUUGUGGACUUGCUGUAAAUGCCCAAGGAUUGGCUCAACGACGCGACAACAACUUGCAAGGUUUCAGCAGUCAAACUUUGAAUGCUGCUGCUGAGCUUCGCGAUAAACUUGAACCAAUUCGACUCGCUGGCAAAAAUAAUGCCGAAAAGCUGGGACAUGCUGUGGGAGAGAUUUCACGUUAUGUCGUACCAAUGGUUAACGGAGCAAUUGGAGCUUGCACACACAUUGUACACUCUAGCCAACAAAUGAGUUUGAUCAAUCAAACCAAGUCAGUUGUGGAGAGUGCAACUCAACUUGUUUCAGCUGCCAAGGAAUCAGCUGGAAAUCCUAGAGCCACCCAUGCUCAUCCUCUUUUGGAUGAAUCGAUCGAAAACACACAGGAGGCUAUCCAAGAACUCACACAAACUGUUGAGAAAAUUUCCACUGAAAGUGGCGUUGUCACCGGACUCAUGGAGCAAAUCAAUCGAGCUAUCACUCGGCUCACUGAUAAACGACAGAGUUUAUUGAAUGCUUCAUUCAGUGAUUCAUUUGUAGACUACCAAACGAGGAUGGUACAAAGUGCAAAGGAGAUUGCUCGUUUGGCCAAUGAAAUGAACGCCAAAGCUGGAUUCGACCCUAGCAAACUUCCACCACUUGGUGUCGAUAUGGCUCAGCACUAUACCCAGAUAACACAAGAUUCAGUUGGAGCCUCAACAACAACAACAUCGCCAGAAGUCGCAAUGCGCAUCCGAUCGACUGUGAUCGAUUUAGGUCGAUCAGUCAGUCAGAUUAUUCAAUCCACUGCCGGGGUACGCCCCAAUGAUCCAUCUGGACAAAAUGACAUCUCUCGAAAUGCUCGAGAUGUUUCUGAGAAAGUAGCUCAAGUGUUGGCCGCUUUGCAAGCCGGUUCUCGUGGCACCCAAGCUUGUAUAAAUGCUGCUCAUACUGUUUCCGGUAUUAUUGGAGACCUAGAUACAACCAUCAUGUUUGCUACAGCCGGAACUCUUCAGUCAGAUGGAGAUGGGGCAUUUGCUGACCAUCGUGAGCAUAUUCUACAAACUGCCAAAGCUCUAGUUGAAGAUACUAAAAUUCUGGUGGCUGGGGCUGCCGGAACACAAGAUCAAUUAGCAACAGCUGCACAAAAUGCUGUUACCACAAUUUUACAACUAUCUGAAGCUGUAAAACGUGGAGCUUGUUCAUUGGGAUCAGCACAACCUGAUUCACAGGUUAUGGUUAUUAAUGCUGUCAAAGAUGUUGCAUCUGCCUUGGGCGAUUUAAUUAAUGCAACUAAGUUAGCCUCUGGCAAACCAAUACAUGAUCCAACAAUGGAUGGUCUUAAGGAGAGUGCUAAGGUUAUGGUUUUGAAUGUAUCUUCGUUAUUGAAAACAGUCAAAGCUGUCGAAGAUGAACACACCCGUGGUACACGAGCAAUGGAAGCAACUGUCGAAGCUAUUUCACAAGAAAUUCGGGCAAUGCAAGCACCACCACCACCUGGUACCCCACAAUGCACUCCAGAAGAUCUUAUUCGAGUAACAAAGAAUGUCACCUUAGCUACGGCCAAAGCUGUUGCUGCCGGUGCUUCUAAUUUACAAGCUGAUAUAGUAGCAGCUGCAAAUUUGGGUCGACGUGCGAUAUCCGAAAUGCUUCUUGUUUGUCGCACCGUUGCCUGGAAUUGUGCUGAAACUACAGAGCUUCGUCAAAGAACACUGGAAGCUGGAGCUGCUGUAGGUGAAUCCUACAGAGAACUCUUGAAUGGAAUUCUUCGUAAUUGCUCAGCCGACGAACGGAUGCAUUUGUCACGAAGAGUAGCAAAAUGUGUUACAGAUCUUGUUGCAAUGGCUCGUCUACUAAAGGGUUCCGAUUGGAUUGAUCCUGAAGAUCCAACUGUAAUUGCUGAAAAUGAAUUACUUGGAGCUGCAGCUUCUAUAGAUGCUGCUGCUAAUAAAUUAGCAAAUUUAAGACCUCGAAGACAACCUGAUGUUAAGAUUGAACUCGACGAGAAUAUGAAAUUCGACGAAAUGAUUUUAGAAGCUGCUAAAGGUAUUAUGGCUGCAUCAUCGGCUUUGGUACGAGCAGCUAAUGCUGCUCAAAGAGAACUCAUCGAUCAGGGUAAGGUAGCUCGCACUCCCUUAACCUCAUCCGAUGAUGGUCAAUGGUCUGAAGGUUUGAUAUCAGCGGCAAGAUUAGUAGCUGCUGCCACUCAUAGUAUGGUAGAAGCUGCUCAAAACCUUGUUCGUGGUGUUGGCACUGAGGUUAUGCUCAUAUCGACUGCAAGACAAGUAGCAGCAUCAACUGCUCAACUACUUAUUGCCUGCAAAGUUAAAUCCAAUCCAACUUCUGAAGCUGGUCGUAGAUUGCAAGCUGCCGGUACCGCUGUUAUCAAAUCAACAGAAAACCUCGUUCGUGCAGCCCAACAGGGUCUGGAUGCCGAAGAAGAACACACUCUGAAAAUCAACACAAGCAUGGUUGAUGGUAUGGCACAAGAAAUCAAUGCCAGAUCAGAUGUGUUACGCAUGGAGAAACAACUCGAAGAAGCACGAACCAAGUUGAUUCGAAUUCGACAGGCGAGAUCAAGAAAGAAUGUCCAUGGAGGAUUCACCACAGACGAGAGUGAUUCGGAAUACCAAACCGCAACAGCUACCUAUGGAAGUCUUCAGAAUAGCCAAAAUAAUACACUUAAUCGGUCGGGUUAUACUGACACUCCAACAUCUCCGAGUUAUUAUCAAUCAGCCAAAUCAAAUUACACUUUCCAACAAACACCACAACACUUCCAUCAUCCCGAAGCUGUUUCACCCACAUUUAACCAAAGUGAAAAUUUCCCACCCCCACCUCCACCCCUCCAAUCUACCACAAUAACUAGUAAUGCCACAUUUAGACCUAAUCCCAAGCUAACAGCUAAUGCAGUUCCACGUCCCUAUCCAGGGACUGGCCGAAUUGCCUCACCAUCAAGUCCAUCUCCCAUUAAUAGUACAUCUUUUGAAACUCUAACCUCUUCAUCGGUAUUGAAAAAUGCCUACCUAAAUGACUCAAUGCCACCACCACCUUCGCCCAAGAAGAAUCCAGGCAAUUUGGAAGCAUGUGUCAAGGAUCUGCAUGACAAGACAUUUGGACAAGGUGGUGUUGUUCAAAUAACUGGAGCUUAUAAUCCAGGACAAAAAUAUGAAGGAUAUACUUCAAGAUAUGAGACAAGGAAAUAUGAAGAAAACAGUGACGUGAAACCCUUGGAAGCUGGCUUUUCUCAGAUCACUUUGAAUUCGGAUGGUGGAAAGAUCUCUCUGGUCGAUGAAGGAUCAACUCGUUUGUCUUCAAUCACACAACGUGUAAUGGAACGAAAAACCUUUACAACAACAACAGAAUCUCGGUCGGAGAAGAAGACCGAGCAGCACAGUUUUAGAUUAGAAUAAGUGUGUGUUGUUUUGGUGAAAGUGUUUCUUUUUUUUUUAACUAAUUAAGUAGCAACAGAUGAUAUAAAUAAUAACAAUUAAUUAUUAUAAUAAUAUAUAAAAAAAAACAUUUAGCUUUUAACCAUUAAACUAAUACAUACAAAUAACAACAACAACAGAAAAAAAAUAAUAUUCACCAAGUGCCAGAUAAAUAGUUUCCCUUUACCUAUUCUUUUUUUUCCAAAAAAAAAAAAAACUAUUUUCUCUGCUUUCUUAGCAAUUUGCAACUUUUUUACUUCUUUUUUUCGAAAUUCUUUUUUAACGAAUCACCAAAAGUGCUUAUGAAAAUUAAACAGAUUUUCAAAAUGUAUACAAAAUAUUUUUCUACUUAAAAUUGUAUUUUUGUUUUAUUUUCUAAAUUGUAUAUUCUUUCUCUCUCUCUCUUUCACACUAUUCAGGAUGUAAUUAAUCAAUUGAAAAUGAAAUUUGCCAAGAAGUUGCCAAACCUUUGAUGUAUACCGUAGAAGUUGUUCAAAUUAAUUUUUUUUGAAAAUUGUAUUUUACUAUUUUUUAUUAACUAAAGUAUUGUUUUAUAUAUUUUUUUGUUUUACAAGGGGAACUAACCAAAAAAAAACAACAAGCUUUU